AUUCAGGGCAGUUUCCUUUCAGUACAGCUUCAGGGCAGAUAAUUUAAACAAAAUAAUGGAGCCUCAAAAUCAGAAUUUGAAGACAACCCUGCUAUUGUCUUUAGGAAGAUUUCACAUUUCUGAAGAUUACGGCUUUCUCCUCCCAAAUCCUCUGAAAGAACUUCCAGAUCAUUACAAGCCUUGGAUGGAAAUUGUCAACAAACUUCCUCACUUGAUUGAGAGUCACCAGCUUCGAGCUCAUGUGAACAAGAUGCCCCUCCUGAACUGCCAUUUCCUAAAGAGUUACCGGGAACAACGCCUGGCACACUUGGUCCUGAGCUUUAUUACCAUGGGAUAUGUCUGGCAGGAAGGAGAGACACAGCCUGAACAGGUUCUGCCGAGAAAUCUUGCCCUUCCCUUUGUUGAUGUCUCCCGGAACUUGGGGCUCCCUCCUAUCCUGGUACACUCGGAUUUGGUGUUGACCAACUGGACUAAACGAAAUCCAGAAGGUCCUCUGGAAAUCAGGAACCUGGAUACCAUUAUUUCAUUUCCUGGGGGAGAAAGCCUGCGUGGUUUUGUACUGGUGACUGUUUUGGUGGAGAAAGCAGCAGUGCCUGGGAUUAAGGCACUUGUUCAGGCAGUGAAAGCCAUCCUACAGCCCAGCCAGGACUCCCUGCUCCAAGCCUUGCAGCAGCUGAGACUCUCCAUUCAGGAUAUCACCAGAACCUUGGAACAAAUGCACGAUUAUGUAGAUCCAGACAUAUUUUAUGCAGUCAUCCGGAUCUUUCUCUCUGGGUGGAAAGAUAAUCCAGCAAUGCCACUGGGGCUGAUAUAUGAAGGAGUCUCAAAAGAGCCCCUGAAAUACUCUGGAGGGAGUGCAGCUCAGAGCUCAGUGCUUCAUGCCUUUGAUGAGUUCUUAGGCAUUCGCCAUAGCAAGGAAAGUGCUGACUUUCUGCACAGAAUGAGGGACUACAUGCCUCCUUCCCAUAAGGCCUUCACAGAAGAAAUCCAGUCCGCUCCUUCACUGAGAGACUACACCCUGUCCUCAGGAAAUUGCCAACUUCUUACAGCUUAUAACCAGUGUACAGAGGCCCUGGCAGAGCUGCGCAGCUAUCACAUCACUGUGGUCACCAAAUACCUCAUCACAGCUGCAGUCAAAGCAAAGGUCAGGAGGCCGAGCCAUCUCCCGGGGCCACCUCAGGCUUUAGAAGAGAGAGGCACAGGUGGAACUGCAGUGCUGAGCUUCCUGAAGAGUGUCAGGGAUAAGACUUUAGAGUCAGUCCUCCACCUGACUGGUUAAGAGCCUGCCCUUUCCCCCAGCAAUGCAGACAGGGGUGUUUCCCUCAUUCUCUCCCUCACUGGAGGGCAGGUGGCCUGGAGAAUGAGGGUCAGUAUUCUGUUUGGAAUAACCUAAAAGGGAUCUCAGCACUAUUCAUAUUUCUGCUCUACAGAGCAUUAUAUUCUCCUUUGUUGAGAGAUGUUAGUCUUCAAAGAGGAGAAUUUACAUUGCCAAAAACUUCCCUUCCCUGACUGAUCACUGCUUAUUAGCAAAAAGCUUUAGACGUGUCCUCAUUCAGUAU